UCUAAUUAAGUCUCGAGAAGUUUGUUCAUAUCCAAAAUAGCAGGCUCCGAUCUUGAUUGACGCGACUCCGAAUGAUCAACUUUUACAAACAUAAUAUUGGCAUUGCAUACGUAAAUUGGUGCUUCGAAUCACACGGGGACCGUCUGACAAUGUGGCCAGAGUAAUAAUACCACACAUUAACAAGCAGCUGCGGAGCUGUCUGCGCCGCUCUGGGCCGCGGAAUCGGAAGACUCGCUCUCAUGGAUCCACCGCGCGAGUCAUCAGCGACUACGACGAAUACGACUAGAGCCGCGAAGAUAAACUCGAGCGAUAAUGGGUUGUAAUUGAUUGCCGAGCGACAUCAUCGUCAUCGUCAUCGCGCGGAGAUCAAUCGCUCGCUCGGCCUUACAAGCUGAGCUGCUGCUGCUGUGACAGGAAGCGAGAGACGCGCCAGCUCAGCUGCGGCAUCGAUAAAAUAUUACGUAUAUUUUAUCCCAUAGCGAGUCGCGCGCAGUACUUGUGCAGUAUUCGGCAGAGAGGACAAUGACUCGUCCGAUAAUUUUCUCGCUGCUACCGUUGGUGGUGUUGCUGUUGAUUCUUUCGGGAUGCCAGUCGACGCAGCGGGCCGCGGCGAGAAAUCGGCGAGCUCCGAUCCAACGCGACGCCGCGACAACGAGAUUCAAAAAGUCCUGGGGAGAGCAGAAGCAGCAGCUGCUGCAGAGCUAUCGGCCGGAGCAAUGCAGCAAUAUGAUCUUCUGGGACUUUCAGAUCGGAUCCGUGAGCGUGCUGGGCUUCUUCGACUCUGCCUGGCAAUCGAGUCACAAUCAGUCCGUCAUGCUUAGAGAGCUGAUGGAAAAAAUGGAUCGCAACGGCUUCGACCAGAUUCAGUAUUUCGUCAUCAACGCCGCGCGCGAACGAAGCCUCCAAGAAGCCGCCGCCUAUCCCGACGAUGACGGCGCUGGCGCUUACAGUUACGAGGACGAGCAGCAGCAGCAGCAGCGACUGGCCUCGGAGGAUCCGCCGGACUUCUUCGAUCGGGCUACCGACGCGCUCAUCGAGUCGCUGGGACCCGACGUCAUGUUCACUCAGGACAACAGCGACCUGCAGAUCUGGGACACGUUCGACGUCCAGCGCGAUCAGAUACUCAUUUUGGAUCGUUGCGGCAGAUUGACGUACGAAGUUAUCGCCCCCUGGAGCAAUCUCGAAUUCGCCUACGUCAAGGCGGCCAUACUCUCAACCUACCACGACGAACCUUGCGGACAUUGCGAGAUGGACGCCUACUCGGACGACCGGCCGCAAUUUUAUCAAGAGCAUUAUUCGACGAGUCCGGACGUGGCUCCGUCGGCCAACGAAGACGAUGACGAUUCCGCGAGGAUGUCGAUGGCCCCGAGCGACGACGCGCUCCCGUCCGCGACGGCUGCCGUCGAGGAUACCAGUCGUGCGGCCUACUCGCUCGAGCGGAUCAACGAAGAAAGCCGAACGGUAAUUCCGAUCUCGGAAAAUCGAACGGCCGAUGACAUAAUUGACGCGAGCGCGGAAGUGCAAAGGAUGGAGCUUUACGAUUCGAUCACGUCCUCCUCCGGGUCUUUACCGGAUGGAACGAGAGAAGAAGAAACCACCGUACUCACCGUCACCGAAGAGUCGGAAACUCUCGCUGCUGUCGAUGAAACGACCUUGACUUGGUGGCCGGACAAGAGCUCCGACGCAGUGACGGAGUCGGACGUUUCCUCGGGUAUGACCGAGGAUUCGACGCAGUUCGAGAGCUUCGCGACGACGAUCGCUGCCGAUGAUGGCUUCGAGCCGAGACUGGUGAACGACAGUUUUUCGGAAAUUGCGCCGACUGGCAACGCGGAGAUUAUAAAUACAACCGAAUUCGAUACGCUGCUGGAAACCAAUUACACGAGUCAGUUGCCGGAUUCGGAAUUCCUCACUAUCGAUAUCGAAACGAGCACCGAGCCAAUCGACGUGACCACUGUGAGCUACGACAACUCGAGUCCGCAAGAUUUUCAGAAAUCGAGAUCGACCAAUGCUCGAUCGGUCCUCAACGAGCUCGCGAGUUUCAACAAUCUGAAACUAAUUACGAAUCCAGAUGACGGCGACUACCCCGAGACUUUCUUCAAGUCGGAUUUCCUGAUACCGGUGCGCAUCAUCAUGCGGGCACCCCACACGCACAAGCGCAACGACAAAUCCUCGAAGAAAAAGGAACACGAGUACCUGGUCCUGAAAACGGGCGUGCCGGAUUAUCACGCGCAUCUGAAGGACGACUCGGGAUCGGCCGUGACCGGCGCUCCGUCGAUGGACGGCGAGCAGUACAAGUAUCGGCACGACGCGACCGAUCGAUCGGCUUACGGCAACGACGAGACGCCGGGAUUCUACGGCGAGAUAACCGAAAUUUUGAACCCCGGCGAAGGCGAUGCGCCGGACGACAGUGACCCGGUAUUCGGAAAUACUGGCUCGUUUUUCGAGUCCGCUGUAGUGUCGUCGAUGAAUAAGGAAAUUUACGAAGGGGCUACGGCAGAACUUGAGAGCCUAAAUUAUGACGAUAUUGUCGGAGACGAGGGCAAAUACUUCAUGCAGCAUUACGCGAAAAUUAUACCUUGGUUGAAGUAUUCAUUGGACAAGUGAUCCUCAACAAUGCCUUAAUGUGUACAAUUUUUAUACUAUAUGCAAUGUGUAAUUGUGUUAACGAGAGUGUUUAUAUUAAUACUUUUUUUAAAUUUAUUUUUAUCAUUGAACUUUAAUCGUAAUACAUACUUUUCAAAAAAUCCAUUUAUCAUCAUAGUAUAGAAGAACUUCAUGAAUAACUGUUAUUUUUGUGCUUUUGAAAUUUUGUAUGAAAAGAGUUGAGACGAAUGCGAUUCUUAUUUGAAUAAGAGGACGAGAAAAAUAUUCGUAACAUUAAAUGUGCCAUCUAAAAAUACUUGGUAGACAAUUGUACUUUAAAAUUUUACAAU